AUGGACUCGGCGGCGUCGGCGGCGGCGCUGAAGCCCUCGGCGCUGGACCUGCUGGCGGCGCUGCUGACGGGGCGGGACCCCGAGGGCGGGGCGCACUGGGCGUCCUGGCUCGCCGAGAACCGCCACCUCCUCCUGCUGCUCACCACCUCGCUCGCCGUGCUCCCUGAGCUCGGCGCUCUGCUCUUGCUUGCAACGCUUGGUAAGAUCGGUUUUGACAGCACUUUGGGCGUGGAUAUGCAGGCACUCGCCGAAGAGGCCAAGGCGAGGUACGACAAGGCUGUCUUCAAGGUGGUCGAUCUGGAAGAUUACGCCGCCGAGGAUGAGGAAUACGAGGAGAAGCUUAAGAAGGAGAGCAUCGCAUUGUUCUUCCUGGCAAGCUAUGGUGAUGGAGAGCCAACUGACAAUGCGGCGAGGUUUUAUAAAUGGUUCUCAGAGGGGAAUGAGAAAGGCGAGUGGUUGAAUAAUCUUCGGUUUGGGGUGUUUGGCCUCGGAAAUAGACAGUACGAGCACUUUAACAAGGUUGGAAAGGUGGUUGAUCAACUCCUGGCGGAACAAGGUGGCAAACGUAUCGUUCCUGUUGGUCUUGGAGAUGAUGAUCAAUGCAUUGAGGAUGACUUUAACGCAUGGAAGGAACUUCUGUGGCCAGAAUUGGAUAAGUUACUCCGUCAGGAAGAUGAUUCUUCAACUGCAACAACUUCUUACACAGCUGCUAUUCCAGAAUAUAGAGUUGUGUUUGUCAAACCAGAGGAUGCCAUGCACAUUAACAAGUCUUUUACUCUCAGUAAUGGCCAUGCUGUCUAUGACAUUCAACAUCCUUGCAGAGCAAAUGUGGCUGUGAGGCGAGAGCUUCAUACACCAGCUUCUGACCGAUCCUGUAUUCAUUUAGAGUUUGAUAUUACUGGAACUGGCCUAAAAUAUGAGACAGGAGAUCAUGUUGGUGUCUAUGCUGAAAACUGCAUCGAAACUGUCGAAGAGGCAGAAAAGCUGCUAGUGAGGACUGCACUUACCAGAUAUGCAGAUCUGUUGAAUUUGCCUAAGAAGAGUGCUUUGUUGGCGCUGGCGGCUCAUGCAUCUGAUUCCAAAGAGGCUGAGCGGCUUAGACAUCUCGCAUCUCCUGCUGGAAAGGAGGAGUAUUCACAAUGGAUAGUCACAAGCCAAAGAAGUCUCUUGGAAGUUAUGUCAGAGUUCCCAUCAGCAAAGCCCCCACUCGGUGUUUUCUUUGCAGCUAUUUGUCCUCGCCUGCAGCCGAGAUACUACUCAAUAUCUUCCUCACCGAAAAUAGCACCAACAAGGAUUCAUGUGACAUGUGCACUAGUAUAUGGGCCAACCCCUACUGGAAGAAUUCACAAAGGAGUUUGUUCUACUUGGAUGAAGCAUUCCACUCCCUUGGAAGAGAGCCAAGAAUGUAGCUGGGCUCCAAUUUUUGUUAGGCAAUCAAAUUUCAAACUGCCUGCUGAUCCUACUGUGCCCAUUAUAAUGAUUGGCCCUGGGACUGGUCUGGCACCUUUCAGGGGCUUCUUACAGGAACGACUAGGUUUAAAAGAGGCAGGGGUAGAACUAGGCCAUGCUAUCCUCUUUUUUGGGUGCAGAAAUCGGAAGAUGGACUUCAUAUAUGGGGAUGAGCUUAAUAAUUUUGUUGAUAGUGGUGUCCUUUCUGAGUUGAUUGUAGCCUUUUCUCAUGAGGGUCCUACAAAAGAGUAUGCUCAGCACAAAAUGGCACAGAAGGCUGCCGAGCUUUGGAGCCUCAUUUCUCAGGGAGGUUAUAUUUAUGUUUGUGGUGAUGCAAAAGGCAUGGCCAGAGAUGUCCAUCGCACACUACAUACCAUCGUCCAGGAGCAGGGGUCUAUGGACAACUCGAAGACAGAAAGCUACGUGAAGAGCCUGCAGAUGGAAGGAAGAUACUUGAGAGAUGUUUGGUGA